UAGGCUGCCGUUACCGCCACUUGGGCCAGAGCCGGGGGGCUGUCUCCGGGGGCCGGGCGGGCGAGGGGAAUGGGCAGCGGGCGGGGGAACAUGAGCGGCUUUCCUCGGCAAGGAGCACUUCCGGGUUUAGGUCACCAGGAAGCGGAAGAGAAGGGCUGCCUGCUGUCCGCCUGGCUGUCCGGGGGAGCGGCGGUGGCGGCGGCGGGAGGCGGCGGCGGAGGAGGAGCAGGCGGAGGCUCCGGGGCUGCUCCAUCUCAGCUGGUGGCCCGUGCGCCGCUGGACUCCGCGUCGGCUCGGCCGCUGUUUCCUGCCUCGGGCCGGGCGGGCCGGAGAGCGAGGGGCCGCGGGCGGGCUAGAAUGGAAGAAUCUCACUUCAACUCCACCCCGUAUUUCUGGCCAGCAGUGCCCACAGUCUCAGGACAGAUUGACAACAGUAUGUUCAUUAACAAGAUGAAGGAGCAACUGUUGCCCUCAGAGAAGGGCUGCGGACUGGCUCCUCCUCAUUAUCCUACCUUAUUGACUGUACCCACCUCUGUGGCCCUUCCCACCAACAUUUCUAUGGAUUCUGACACCAAGCCAGAACAGCUUACCCCACACAGCCAGGCUUCUGUGACGCAGAACAUCACUGUGGUACCUGUGCAGUCUGCUGGACUCAUGACAACAGGGCCUGGUCUGGUGAUCACUUCUCCCUCAGGGUCUCUGGUGACCACAGCCUCUUCCGUGCAAACCUUUCCCAUCUCGGCGCCCAUGAUUGUCUCGGCACUCCCCCCUGGUUCCCAAGCAACUCUCCAAGUAGUCCCUGACCUCUCCAAGAAGGGGAUUACUGCCCUGUCAGAGAGUGGGGCAGUCAGUGGCGCUGGAGGGUUAGCCCCCAAAGCUCCUCGUGGUCGAAAAAAGAAGCGGCUACAGGAAUCUGGCCUGCCAGAGAUGAGUGAUCCUUUUGUAUUACCAAAUGAGGAUGAUGAAGACCAGCACAAGGAUGGCAAGACGUAUAGGUGCCGGAUGUGUUCGCUGACAUUUUACUCCAAGUCAGAGAUGCAGAUCCACUCCAAAUCGCACACUGAGGCAAAGCCGCACAAGUGCCCUCACUGCUCCAAGAGUUUCGCCAACAGCUCCUACCUGGCCCAGCACAUACGCAUCCAUUCAGGGGCCAAGCCCUACACCUGCAGCUACUGCCAGAAGGCCUUCCGCCAGCUCUCCCAUCUACAGCAGCACACGCGGAUCCACUCCAAGCUCCACACGGCGAUUGUCAAGCCGCACAAGUGCCCUCACUGCUCCAAGAGCUUCGCCAACACGUCCUACCUGGCCCAGCACCUCCGCAUCCAUUCAGGGGUCAAACCCUACACGUGCCGUUACUGCCAGAAGGCGUUCCGCCAGCUCUCUCACCUACAGCAGCACACACGGAUCCAUACUGGUGAUCGGCCCUAUAAAUGUGCUCACCCUGGGUGCGAGAAGGCUUUCACACAGCUUUCCAACCUGCAGUCCCACAGACGGCAGCACAACAAAGACAAGCCAUUCAAGUGCCACAAUUGCCACCGGGCGUACACUGAUGCCACCUCGUUAGAGGUCCAUCUGGCCACCCACACAGUGAAGCAUGCCAAAAUCUACAACUGCUCCAUGUGCAACCGGGCUUACACCUCGGAAACGUACCUGAUGAAACAUAUGCGGAAACACAACAUCCCUGACCCCCAACAGCAGGUGGCCGUAGUCCAAGCCCAAGUGCAAGCCCAGGUCCAGGCUCAAACACAAGCAUCACAGCAGCAGCAGCAGCAGCAGCAGCACUUCCAGUCACAGGGUGGUGGGGCAGCAGGGGGCCCAUCUGGAGACAACCCUUCAAACCCCCCACCCCAGUGUUCCUUUGACCUUACACCUUACAAGACUUCAGAGCAUCACAAAGACAUCUGUCUCACGGUUAGCACCAGCACCAUCCAAGUGGAGCAUCUUUCCAGCUCCUAGAGACCUUGGCAGAGGGGAGUGGAAAACUUCUCAUGCAUAAUCUGUGCCCAUGGGGCAUUCCUUGUGUGAUGGCCGCUCCUCAUGCAACAGCCUCUGGCCUCUUCUACUACAGCUUCCCUCUGGGGGAGGGGAAUGGGGGUUAUGUCCUUUUAACGGCCACUCCUUGGCUUCACCAUUAGUGCCUCAAGAGGCGCGAUGUCAUGCUCUAAAUAGGGGGAAGGGGGGAGUGCCCUUCUUGUGAGAGGGAUCCUCCCCUUCAGCAAGCCCCGUUGGUUGGUUAAGGGAAAGCCCCCGCGUCUCAUAACGUGCAAGGGACACCCUCUGGUACCUGAUAGUAAAGCUGAUGAAAAAUGAGAAGCUAGUGGAUGGAAGGAAGGGGCUUCAGGUCAACAGGAGCGUACAGUGAGGAGGCUCUGAAGGGUGGAGAGUGGAGAACCUUUGCUCUGUUUGUCCCCAUCUCCCUUCCUAUGAGGCGGGGAGGAAGAAUUGCUGCUCCAGUUCUAGGUAUCUCAUGUAAAACCACAAGUAUUGCGGAUGUUGCUGGGGCUUGACUUGCAUCAGCCUCGCCGAGGGCUGUGUGAGGGGUGGCCUGCCCUUCUUCCACCCAGCAGGAGGGAGGUGAGCAGGGUGGGCGGCGGGCGGAGGCUGCAGCUCACAACCUUUUGUGGCUUAACCUCCGUCAGAAGGAUUGGCCUGCUGCAGGCGUGAAUAGGAAGUCUGAACCCAAACGGCAGCUGGUAGCAAGAGUGCCAAAGUGAGCGUGGUGCCCCUCCUCUCUUACCCCGGUAGCGCAGGCUGCAACCCCCACACGGAAAGGAGACCUGUUUGAGGGGCCAGUGGGAAAAGGGAACUGUUGAGCUGCUCCUCUCUAUGCAUCAUCCAGAUGCUUCUUUCACUCUCUUUAUUGCCAAGGCAGACUGGAAUGAGGUGGCUGUGGUGGUGACCCUCGGAGAGCACGAAUCAGAGGCGUCUUCCAGAGGGUGGACAGUGGAGAAGACGAUGUGGUGGAAACAGCCACCCCUGCACAGAGAGACCAAUGAGAAGGGGGGAAUCCCCAGGAAUAGACUCAAGCCGCCUCCCCCAUCGAAUUUACAUAUAAAUAUAAAUAUAUAUAUACAGAUAGAUAGAUAUAUCUAUUCACAUCCCAACCCCAUCCAGCCUGCUCUGUCCUUGCUGUAACUGUUUCUAUCUGUGUUUAUAAAAUGCAUUAUCCUUGCACACUUUCUAUUUUCAAUCCUUGGUUUUUAUACCCCUCUUGCUCACUUGCUCUCUUCAUCUUCCAAGUUAUUUUCUCUUUCUCUCCCUCCCCCCACCUCCCUCCUCUUUUUAAUCUUGUGGUUUCCUAUGCCAUCAUUUCAAUGUUCUGGUUAUCACUGGGAUCUCAGAGGCAGAGAAGGAGGCACAACAAUGCUAUUUGGGAUUUAAGUGAUAAAACGAUCCCUAGCGGGCAUGCAAAUUUCACAGGAGGGUGGGGUAGGAUGGCGGGUGGGGAGGGAUUGGAAGGACUGUGGAUUUUUAAAAUGCUGGAGCAUACAAAUAAAUUGGUUCAGAUGCCUUUCUAUACAAAUGAAGGUGCUGGCGAUUAUUGGCUGUGGUUCUAUGCCCAAGGCAAGAACGUGAGGAUUGCAUGUUCUUCCCUCAUCCAUCAGGACGCCAGCUCAGCGGAGCACUGCAGGCUGCCUUGUAUGCAAACUGUUCUGCUUCCCUGAGAUCAGAAAGUAGCUGUUGUGUGAAGACAGACUCAUGAGUGACCUGAUAAUCCUGCGCACUUGGGAUGGACCAGGACUGGUGGACAUUUCCUUCCUCUCUCUCACCCCACCCCACCCCACCCCUGGACCGCACACAGCUCCAGUAAAUUCAAAAGGGUGCCUAGACAUUUCAAGAUGUUGGUUUGGCUGCAGGGACUAUGGUGAAUUUGAGCAUGUGUGAGUGUGCGCGUGCUGUUUCUGUGUCAGGCAUGGGUAUGAACUUGUGUGUGCACGUGUCCCUGCACUUCAUGUGUGCAUGCAUGUCUGUCAGAAACCUGCACUUCUCUCCCCGCAGGGUGUGAAUUUUCUGGGCCUGAUAAUACAUGUGUCUGAUCAUUGCUUCAAGUACUGCAGAAGCAGGGGUUACGUCUCCCUUUCCUUUGCACCAGGCUGAAGUGGAAGAAUUGAGAGUGAGCGUCUUGAGAAUUGUGUACCAAGUCUCAUGUCCCAGCUAUGAUUUUGAGUGGUAACUAAAGUUGUCAUAAUGUUAAUGUCCAUUCAGUGUGUCGGCUGUGUGUUCCCAUUGCCUCCAACUUGUGUACACAUAGCAGCAGAUCCACGUGUCCACAAGAAACAUCAGGUGGGGGAGUUGCCAGAAUCAGGAGCAAAGGCCUCCCUUUCCUAUUUCAGGACAGAUGGAUGGCUCGAUGAACCGUAAAGAAUGCAAUAGUAGUGGUCUUUCCCUAGCAGGUUAGUGAGGAGUCAAAGGCUGGGUACAGGUGAUAACUUCAUGGAUCUCUGGAAGUUUAAUUAUGGUCUAAGGUCAAAAAAAAAUUGAAUGUGCAGAACAUGCUUGACAACAGAGAGGUAGAAAAGGGUAUAUACCAUGGGCAUCAGUAGUGCUUUCAUAUCCUUCUUUCGGGUCUCUGAAAAAUGGCUGUUUGUGCACCACUGCUUCAUUAUUUGACACAGGGCUGCCCAAUCUGUGGCCUUCGGGGCCCUCAUGCAGUUCCCCAAGCCUUUAGUUGUGGCCUCCUAUCAGAGCUCCAGCCAUCCUGACUGAAUCUUUUCUCCCAGUGAUCCUGAUAUAGAUUGUUCUUUCCUCACAGCGAGGAAAGAAAGAGAGCUGUAAUAGGUGUGUGUGUGUGUGUGCGCGCGCGCGCGUGUAUGCAUGCCUGUAUGUGUGACCCCCGACCCAGCGCUACAUGUGGCUCUUGGGAUCAAAAAGGGGGUGGGGAAAGUGUGCGCUGUGACUUGGGGAUGGGCAGCAGAAGGGUGAGGGAAUGUGAGAAUGCAAACUCACCGGUUCUAAGCCUUGCGGGGCUUGUGGGAACUGUACAUUUCCUGCCUCUUUCGCCAGGAAGAGCUGGGUUUUGAACAUGACCCACAAGCAGCUGGGUCUUGAACAUGUCCUCAUUGCGCACGUUGUAAGGAGUUGGCUAUGGGCUGAGAAACUCGUGCUCCAGGCCUAGAAACACAGGAUCUUUAAUGAGGCCGCUUGGCUUACCAGGUUUGAGACCCACAUGUGGCCUCCAGAUACUGAACCCUGAGGAAAAAAUACAAUAAUUGCAUCUCCCUGUAAGUUUGAAUGUGGGAGCGCUGCAGUGCGGAAUAUAAGAACUGUUUGCCUCUGUGGGAAGAACCUCUUCCUUCGCUGACACCCCUUCUGCCCUCCCCUCUGAAGUCUGCAUCCCUGCCUCUGAGCUACACCAGAGAAAAGAGAGAUCUGGGAGAAAUGGAUUGUGGGAGCUGAGGUGAGAACACGAGUUUCUUUAUGGUGAAUAUAAAACACCUCCACAGAUGCAGUGUUAAAAGUAGCCAAUGGAAGCCCCACCCAAGUCAAGAAACGCCAAAUGUUUUCAAGGCACACUGGGCAAUGUGUGUGCUUUACUUGAAAAUUUUCCAUCUUCAGUGGAAAAAAAGAGUACCAGUGGAAUUUGGGUCACUAUUAAGGAGACUAUUUCCUGUUUGCUCAUACCUUUUUAAAUUACCCCAUCAGCUCAGUGUGGGUAACUUUCAGCUACUUAAAGAGCCUUUCAUGUUGCAUUUCCCAGAGGAGAGGGGUAUUUUAAAGUUCCAACAUUACUAUUGCAUUAGAACUUUUUGUAUUUAAUUUCAUUACUUUUUUAAAAAAGAAAGAAUAAAUUCCAAAAGCCCUCUUAACCUUCA